AUGGCGUACGAGAUGGAGUUGGGCGAUGCCGAUUCUCUGGUGAUGCACCUACCACUAGACGGUAACCCACUACGACCCGCCUACACACACAAGCUGUCAGGCAUGCACGCACGCGGUACGCUUGAGAUUGAUGACGAGACGUAUAUGUUCCCCGAUGCCGCAGCUGCGUUGGAUUGGACCAAGAGUCUUUCUCUGCGCCGUACGGGUAUGGUUUAUGUGUGUUUUCCUGUGGUAUGUCACUUGGCCUGUGAGUUGAUGGACGUGUCCGGACUGGGAUGUUAUUUUUCUGAGUGCGCCGGUUUGGUGUAG